AUGUCUUCCGCUUCCCACAAGCCUGCCACCUCCUCUCCUGCCAAGGACGACGUCGCCUCUCCAUCCAAGCAGACCAGCAGUGCAACCGCCGUCGCACCCUUUGAUACCGAAAACGGCCAAGCUCAGCACAGCAGCACAGCAGACUCGCCAGAGCCCUCGGGUCGCACCAGUCUCGACAAGGAUGGCGCAGAGGAGCACGCGAGCCGCAAGCGGGAGAGGGAAACAAGCCUAGAGCCUUCUGCAAAUCCAUCCCCCAGCACCGCCGCCACGCCAGACUCGCUCCCACUGAAAAAGAAUCGCCUCCAGAACGACAACAGCGCCUCUUCCCGGCCCGAAGACGUUGCAGAAGAAACCGAGCCUGCCGAAGAGUCGGUCGAAGACAAGGCAAAGGCCGCCCCCGAGACGGAAAGGGUCGGCCAGAUCCGUCAGAAGGUCCAAGACCUCACCUGGAAGGAGGGCAAAGAUGGCGACGCCGCAAAGGACUCGACAGCCCCUGGCGGCAAGACCACAGAAGCCGCAGAGGAGGCAUCGACGGCGGCAGCAGUCCCCGGAUCGUUGUCUCAAGAGGCCAAGGGGGCCGCCAAAGUUGAGACCAAGUCCACCUCUAGCCCUGCCGAGACCCCCGCGCCCGUCAGGACCCAGCCGACCUUUUCCUCCUUCAGCGCCAGUGCAUCGCCCUUUAGCUCCGUCCCAACACCUUCGGGAUCAUCCUCGACGGCGUCGGGCAAGGGCGGCUUCGUCAGCUCCGCAUCGCCGUUCAAGACGUUCGCCCAGGGCUCUGCCUCGCCAUUUGCCAAAGGCGGAGGUAUCAAGCCCAGCAGCCUUGGGUCCUCGAUUGGGGGACACCACGAGACCACCACCAUCAGCGCGGGCUCCGCCUCGACGUCGGGCUCGUCGACACCAAAGGGGUCCAACCUCGGCUUCGGCGCCUUUGCCGGCGCGAGCCCCCUCAAAAAGACGAUGCCGGGACCCGGCGCCAAGGAGGCGUCUCCUGCGGCCGCUGAUCAGGCUCCGGCCACCUCGGUGGCUUCGUCCAAGAGCUUUUCCGAGCAGCUCUUGAGCGAAGCGGAUUCGGCGACGACGGAGACCAAGUCAAAGGACCGCCCGGCACUCGACGCGGCGGAGCAGGAAGUCAUCACGGGGGAAGAGGACGAGCAGAGCGUCCACAGCGUCCGGGCCAAGCUCUACACCAUGGCCGACGACCAGAGCUGGAAAGAGAGAGGGACGGGCACGAUCCGCGUCAAUGUGCCGAAGUCUCGGGACGGCAAGCACUCGGCCAGGCUAGUCAUGCGGGCAGACGGCAUCCUGCGCCUGAUUCUCAACGUCUCGCUUUUCCCCGGGAUGAAGUGCGAGCUGCAGGAAAAGUUUGUUAGGAUCGUGGCGUUCGAAGACGGCAACCUGGCCCACUUUGCCAUCAAGAUGAGCAACCCGACCAACGCGGUGGCGUUUAUGGACGCGGUUCAAAAGCAGAUCUCCAAGCUGUCCAAGUAA